AUGCCGGACGUGCUCAACAUUGCAGGCCUGGACAGGACAUUCCUGAGGAAGGGCUCUUCCGCGCACGCAAGUCAGAUGGGUACAUCCCAGCAACUCAGCAGCCCUCCUCGAAAGGGCGAGACCCUGGACGUAACAGCAGGACGAGACCUUGCCUCGCCGAAACCAGUAACCGUCCGUCCUAGCUCAAACUAUGGCGGUUGCGGACCUCCUGUAGUGGCAGUUCCUCACCAUGCCACACGCGCUAUCAGCAGACCGCCGCACGCGUCGUCGCCUUUUGGCAAUAUGCUAAGCCCACGAAACCACCAAGCCACUUCCUACCGCGACGCAGCCUUGGCGGCAGCGCAGCACGGUCUUUCCGCCUACGCCCACUCCGCUGCAGCUGUGGCAGCGGCGGCUCGGGGCCACACACCGCGCUCUGGCGCCGGCGCCAGCGCUGGCAGUGGCGCUGGCGCCGGCGGCGGUGGCUCAGCCGCCGGGCCCGGCCGGCCGCCGCCUGUUCCGCGCCCCAUGCAGCACAGCGCACCCACGCCAAUUGCCAGCACCACAUCCAAUAGCGGCACAGCGGCGGAAUUCCUCCCCAGCUGCAGCGGCGCCUCGCCAAGCCGCAUUAGUGCGCCGACGACCCGUGCGCCUGCCCUCCUCCCGAGCCGCGGCAGCAUGCCCUCCCCUAGCAGCCCCGGUCGCGGCGGCGAAGCGGCCCCUGCCUUCGCCGCCUCCGCCGCCUCCUCGACACCCCCGGGCAAUUACCGCACCGGCGAAGUGGCCAUGGUCACGGUGACGUGUAAUGAUGUGUGGUGGCGCGGCGCCUUCGACGGCUCAGCUAUUGAGCCAGACGACCAUUUGUUUGGCGGCGUCGGCGUCGGUGGCAACCCGCCGCGGCCGCUUUCAGGAACUGCCAGCGCA